CUGUAAUCAUCAUGUCAGGAAGAGGUAAAGGCGGUAAAGGACUCGGGAAAGGAGGCGCUAAGCGUCACCGCAAAGUGUUGCGUGAUAACAUCCAGGGAAUCACCAAACCCGCCAUCCGUCGUCUAGCUCGCCGUGGCGGUGUCAAGCGUAUCUCCGGUCUGAUCUACGAGGAGACCCGCGGUGUGUUGAAGGUGUUUCUGGAGAACGUUAUCCGUGAUGCCGUCACCUACACUGAACACGCCAAGAGAAAGACCGUCACUGCCAUGGACGUUGUGUACGCGCUGAAACGACAGGGACGAACUCUGUACGGCUUCGGAGGAUAAACGACUUGAUUCUCAUCAGACAAACCCAACGGCUCUUUUAAGAGCCACACACACUCUCACAUGAAGAGUCAAUGUCUUGGUUGGCUCUUUUUCCGGCUCGUCACACUUGCAGCUGUCCAAUGAAAUCAUGUAAUGGGUGUGGCCAAUAAAAACACGCAAUCAGAGGUGCGCAUCGACUGUUUGGGAAAUUAGCAUAGAGGGGAUAAUUGUUAUAAAUGUUUCUAUGGGUUAAUAGAGAGUUAACAGUUUGAAAUUUGUUCAUCAGAUCGUUAUGGCACACAAAGGGUCUUUUAAGAGCCACCCAUGUUAUCGCUUAAAGAGUUUAAUUGUAUAUUCAUAACUUUUUUUUCUGCAUUAUACAGAUUAGUUUCCAGUCAGAAUGAAUCUUAUUCGACACAUGCAUCUUUCUCCAUCGAUGUUGUGUAAGUAGUGUAUUGAUGUUAACCACCAGCAGGAUUUAACGUUGGUAAAGUGGCAAAUUGUAAAUUGGAUGGAAUGUUUACACCAGCAGUCAGACAGCGCUCACCCUUUCAGCGAUAGUGCUUGUUCAAAGAGGG